UAUUUGAGAUCUGUCUUGCUUAUUUCACAAAGAGUUGCAACCUGAAUGCUGAAGAUUAUCCUUCAUGGCAAGUUUCAGAAUACAGCCUCAGCUCAUUUGCCAAAUCUUGCCAGCCUGAUAAACAUUUCUCUUUUGGGGGCUGGCAUCUCGUUUCCUUUUUCUUCUCUUCUGAAAUGAUUAUAUCAAUUUUUGUACUUCAAGGAAUUGGUGAGAACCUGGUACAUAUUAUAUACUCGAUAAAUGAAUAAUCAAAUGAGAUCAGUAAUAAGGAGUGACAUGUAAAGUCACGCUGGUCAUGGUAAAGUGGUGGACAUAAAAUGCGACUUUUGUGACUCUGAAACAGCUUAUGCAUUUGUGCUAACAUAAUGUUUGAUAGUGGAAUGGUAAAAUACAGAAUUCUGCAGAAUUUUUCAGUACUUAUGUUCACGUAUAAUGUUGGUCAUGCCUGAUCUUAUAGCAGCAGCAGCCACAGGAAGGUGAGGUAAUUAGGCAGAUCACAGCGGAACAGGUUGCAAUCACAUUCCUUUCAACCUUCUCUCCUCUCUCCCCAACCCGCACAGUUCUGGUGGGGGGUGGGUUGUGUUACAUGCUUUACCCAGGAUCCCAGGCGUGCCCUGGGUUCGACUUCUUUCUCUAGACUAAUCCAGUUCCCAGCCUGGAGCCUAAGCAUACACUGCAUUAAUCAGACUUGCUGGAAUGAUCACAUGGUUUUCUAGCUGCCUCCCCUGUUAGCUGCUGCUUGUCAGCAGCUGGCGGAGCUGGAGGCUGCAGGCCCCUGUCUGCAGAAAGCCUUUUACUUCAGAAUAUUGGGGGGUGUGGAAACCCCGCCUAUUUUUUCUGCACUUUGCACCACCUGACUAACUAAAUGGUUGUCCUCCAUACCAAAAAGACUACCACACAAUCUAAGGAAAUUGUCUUUUACUAGGUCAUGUUUGCAUUUGAAGAAUUCAGUGAACAGAGUAUCUGCCAAGCCCGGGCUUCCGUGAUGGUCUACGAUGACACCAGUAAGAAAUGGGUACCAAUCAAACCUGGCCAGCAGGGAUUCAGCCGGAUCAACAUCUACCACAACACUGCCAGCAACACCUUCAGAGUCGUUGGAGUCAAGCUGCAGGAUCAGCAGGUUGUGAUCAAUUAUUCAAUCGUGAAAGGGCUGAAGUACAAUCAGGCCACGCCAACCUUCCACCAGUGGCGAGAUGCCCGCCAGGUCUACGGCUUAAACUUUGCAAGUAAAGAAGAGGCAACCACGUUCUCCAAUGCAAUGUUGUUUGCCCUGAACAUCAUGAAUUCCCAAGAAGGAGGUUUUUGUUUUCACUCAGGUCAGUUCAGCAUGACUCCUUCACCUGAACCUUUCCCCCAGGGCCCCUCCAGCCAGCGUCAGGUGCAGAAUGGCCCCUCUCCUGAUGAGAUGGACAUCCAGAGAAGACAAGUGAUGGAGCAGCACCAGCAGCAGCGUCAGGAAUCUCUAGAAAGAAGAACCUCGGCCACAGGGCCCAUCCUCCCACCAGGGCAUCCCUCAUCUGCAGCCAGCGCCCCCAUCUCAUGUAGUGGGCCUCCACCGCCACCCCCACCCCCAGUCCCACCUCCACCCACAGGGGCUACCCCACCUCCCCCACCCCCACUGCCAGCUGGAGGAGCCCAGGGGUCCAGCCACGACGAGAGCUCCAUGUCAGGACUGGCCGCUGCCAUAGCUGGGGCCAAGCUGAGAAGAGUCCAACGGCCAGAAGAUGCAUCUGGAGGCUCCAGUCCCAGUGGGACCUCAAAGUCCGAUGCCAACCGGGCAAGCAGUGGGGGUGGCGGAGGAGGCCUCAUGGAGGAAAUGAACAAACUGCUGGCCAAGAGGAGAAAAGCAGCCUCCCAGUCAGACAAGCCAGCUGAGAAGAAGGAAGAUGAAAGCCAAAUGGAAGAUCCUAGUACCUCCCCCUCUCCGGGGACCCGAGCAGCCAGCCAGCCACCUAACUCCUCAGAGACUGGCCGGAAGCCCUGGGAGCGGAGCAACUCGGUGGAGAAACCUGUGCCCUCGAUUCUGUCCAGAACCCCGUCUGUGGCAAAGAGCCCCGAAGCUAAGAGCCCCCUUCAGUCGCAGCCUCACUCUAGGAUGAAGCCUGCUGGGAGCGCGAAUGACAUGGCCCUGGAUGCCUUCGACUUGGACCGGAUGAAGCAGGAGAUCCUAGAGGAGGUGGUCAGAGAGCUCCACAAGGUGAAGGAAGAGAUCAUUGACGCCAUCAGGCAGGAGCUGAGCGGGAUCAGCACCACGUAAGGGGCCUGCCUCACAGUGCUGAGACGUCGAGCCCAUCCGGCGACAGAGGACAGCCAGGAGCCCAGCCAGCCCCAGACUCCAGUGCACCGGAGCACACACAGGAGCCUGGGCGCGCUGCCGUGAAACGUCCUGAGCUGUGACCACACGUUACAGUGAGGAAACCAAGUGCAACUCCUGGGUUUUUUAGAUUCUACCUGACACAGAACACCAGGUCUGCUCAUCUUUUUUGUGUUUUAUAUUUGCUUAUUUAAGGUACAUUUCUUUGGGUUUCUAGAGAGAUGCCCCUAAGUCACCUGCUUCAUUAGACGGUUUCCAGGUUUUCUCCCAGGUGACGCUGUUAGCGCCUCAGCUGGCAGUGACCGCCGGCCCGGCGUGGCGCCACUGCACACCGCAGAGCUGUCCAGGCGCAGCUCUGUCCCCAGCGCUCAUGGUGUUGAAACUGUCUGUCAUGCACCACGGUGUCUGUGUCCACACAGUAAUAAACAGUUUACUGUCC